AUGGAGGCCACUAAGAGCCUCCUGGCACCGCGCCAGCAUAUCCAGGAUCACGAUGCCGCCGAGUCUGUCAUCCAUCACUGGGGCUACGCUGACCGUGUGGUACCCUGCGUCAACGAUCCUGGGUCCUGUAGAUACCUCGACGUCGUUUACAACGCCCACGAUGUUGGCAUGAUCUACACCGGCGUCAUCUGGGCCACUAUCGGAGGCAUUCUCCUGAUCUGGGCCAUUGUCAGGCGGACGAUGCCUCCCCAGUCCCACCGGAACCCUCAGGCGCUGGUUGAGGGCGAGAAGCGGACGGUGGACACGACGACGAGGAUUCGCCAUACUCUUUGGUCUUACACCAACCGCUAUCUCCUGCCCGACUCCAUCCGCUCCAUCUUUGGCCGCACCACGCGCCUGCAAGUUCUCGUGCUUGCCAUCCUCACCGGCUAUCUUACCAUCUUCUCCUUCGCCGGCAUCGUCUACGGCAUCUGGAUCACCCCCGUCAAGAAUAUGGAGGGCGUCUACAACACCCGCAGCAGUCUGGGACCCUUCUCUGACCGUGUCGGUGUCAUCGCCUACGCCCUGACGCCGCUGUCCGUUCUCCUGUCGAACCGCGAGUCGCUGCUGUCCGUCUUGACCGGCAUUCCCUACCAGAACUUCAACUUUAUGCACCGCUGGCUCGGCUACAUCAUCAUGGUCCAGUCCAUUGUCCACACCAUUGGCUGGACAAUCAUCGAGGUCAAGCUCUACCAGCCCCAGCCCCAGGUUGCGAAGAAGUGGAUUGUGCAACUCUACAUGAUUUGGGGUGUCGUCGCCAUGGUCCUGCUUCUCAUCCUCUACGCCCUCACGCUACCUCCCGUCAUCCGCUUCACCGGCUACGAGUUCUUCCGCAAGUCUCACUACGUUCUGGCCCUGGUCUACAUGGGCGCCUGCAUCGGCCACUGGGAGGGUCUCCAAUGCUUCAUUAUCCCCGGUAUCCUGCUGUGGUUCAUCGACCGCUUCGCCCGUGCCGCCAGGACGUUCCUGCUGCACUACAACUUUGUAGACGGCACCAAGCGUGGUUUCGUUGCCGCUCACGCCGCCAUUACCACCUUCCCUGACGAGAAGGACGGCGACGUCGUACGUCUCGAUUUUGAACACUCUCACGAUGCCUGGGCUGUCGGCCAGCACUUCUACCUCUGCUUCACCGAGAGCAGCAUCUUCCAGUCUCACCCGUUCACCCCGCUGAACGCAGCCGUCACUGUCAACGGGCGCACCAAACACUCGUACGUUUUCCGCGCCAAGGGCGGCGAAACCAAGAAGAUCGCACAGAUCGCCGCGAAGAAGCUGGCGGCUGCUGCUGCUGCUACUGCACCUGCGACAACGUCAGAAGACAAGAACGGUGUGAUGACGGCUGCCUCGGCCCCAACGACGCCUGUUGUGCUUACCGGCCCCUACGGUGACCCGAUCAUGCGCAACAUCACCCCCGAAGCCAACAUUCUGUGCGUCGCCGGCGGCACCGGCAUCACCUACGUUCUGCCCGCCCUCCUGAGCCUGACCGCCAGUCCUGCUUCGCCUCGCAAGCUCGAGCUCAUCUGGGUCGUCCGCCACGCCAAGGAUGUCGACUGGGUCAAGCCUGAACUCGCCGCACUUGAGGCCCUCGAUGUGACGGUGCGCAUCUUUGCCACGCGCGACGCCGCCUCAAGCUCGUCUGAUGCCGAUCGCUCGUCCGAAGCCGAAGCCGACGAAGAGAAGCGCGUUGCUGGUGCUGUGGCCGUGCAGAAGAUGCGUGCUCGUGGCGCGGCGGCCAGUGUCCGCUCUGGUGGCAUCGGACACCCGGACCUGGCGUUGCUCGUGCGUGAGUUUGUUCAGGCGACUGUGGCCGCGAGGACGGUCGUGUUUGCGAGCGGGCCUGGCGGGCUGAUGACGGACGCGAGGGCGGCGGUUGCGGCUUGCAACGACGGCGGCAAGGUGUGGAAGGGGGACGAGCGGUUCAACGUCGACUUGAUUCACGACGAGCGCAUGGAGAGGUGA